AUGUUUUUUCAAUUCCAAUCCCGUGAAAUGGAGUUAUGCGCACAGGCCGGGGACUCCUUAGAGAAUCCUGUUGACGAGAUUCCACAGUGGACUACGUCCCGCCAAGACAGGGAGCCACUUACAAUAUGGUAUGGAGCCUUCAGCAACAGCCAGCCUACAUACGCUCCAUGCAAUUCUUCCUGGGAGCCACAAGCAAUGCCGGCCAACCGCUCAUUACCAUGUGACACCGAUGAUAUACCAAUCAUUCCUUCGAUAGUGCUUUGGGGCCCGAAUUUGGUUGAUCUGCCCGUCCUUCAGAGCCCUGAUUCGCGGUUUGCAGGCUGUCAACCCAGUCCAUUAUUACCCAAUGAUCCGGGAUGUCUACUGCCUUCUCCCCUUAUCAGGAGCCUCUCACCAAAACAGGGUUACUCUGAAGAAGAGUGGGAAGCAAUGAAGGAAACCCUCCACAGGCUGUACAUGAAGGAAGGAAAAUCCCUUGACGAGGUGAUAGUCAUUAUGACGCUUGUAUACCAUUUCAAAGCGACACCGAAGAUGUACUACUGGCGAUUUCGGAAGUGGCCCGAUUUCCAGAAGAAUGCCGUCCAAGCCCAGUCAGUCACCUCAAAGGGCCUCCGACAGAAGCCUGAAGUGCUCCGGACGAGACGAAAAGAGAAGCUCAGAGAAAUUUCGGAUUUCGAAGAUUUGCUAUUCCAGAGACUAGCCGGAAAUAUAGCAGCAUCGACUUCAUCUUCAUCACUAUCCAUCAAGAGCACGGAGACAUAUCGUCUGCAAGAAGUGGUACUCCACUCAGUUCACAAUUUUGUUUUUGGUCUCUUUGAGACUCAUCGGUGGACUGCAGAUCAGUUCUCGAUUUUUCCACCUUCAGGCAGUUUGGAUCUCAGCAGAAUGUGGCAACAGCUAGCGGACCAGGUCUUCGGGGCGCGCGUUCUCAUCCGUAAAUUAGAGAUGAGACAUGCCGGCCAAACUUUUCGUAACAUCUUCCAUCUCCUAGAGAGAGCAGCUUUCUCCCCAGACCCGGCGAUGAUGGUCAAGUUCUGGCGGAUAUGCUUGUAUUUCAUGGAUAUUUGCGCGAGCAUGAACAAUUACAGUCUCUUAAAUUCCUUUUUCCAACAUUAUCGAUCACUUCUAUUGACAAGAUAUCAAGAAAACUAUCCUCUUGUCCAGCUGCUAGGAGCACUAGCCAAAGUUGAGAACGAAGCGAUGUUAAGGACCUUGCAGAUUGGCUAUCUCAAAUCCAUUCACUCCCUGAAGUCAUUUCUUCGAGGAGAUCACGCAGUCGUUCUUUCCAUGUGGUCGAACUAUAUAAAACACUGGGGUUUCGAUAGUCUGCACCCAACGGAGCUUGCAGCGAGCUACCGGGUGCUUCUUACCGAAGCAGACUUCCGGCUUGGGAGGUGUUCCAAUUUAUCAAUUUCUGUCCUCCACCAAUUCACCUACUCUGUCUUCUACAAUCUUCAUGACGAUGCGAUGAGCUUUGAACUGGCAAUAGAUCUGCUGCAGCGGAGCCAGGAGGUCCUAUCGUCGCUGCAUCCCCAGUGGCAAUGGGGCCUAGAGGCACAAGCUUUUGCUUUUGCUUCCAAGGUGGUUGCAUUAAUUUACGGAAAUCAAGGGAGUCGAGUGAAAGCCCAGAAGUACUACAAGGAAGCCAUUUCUCUCUUUGAACGAGGCGAUCGGGAAUGUCGAACGCGAGCUCUGAUGCUUGCAAAUGAGCUCACACACUGCAUGACAAGAUGGCACGACGUCGAUGAUGCCAAAAGACUCCAUUGGAAUCAAUGUCUUGUAGCCUCAACGCUUUCGGAACAAGCCAAUACCGGGCAGGGUACCGAAUAA